ACGCAACACUUUCAAUAAUAGAAUCCAAACCCCCCACAUUGAAGACAGUCUCCUCCCCUGCAGCCAUCUUCCAUUUUUCUUCUGAGCUUUUAAUUUUGCAUUAACUCUCCCUAUCUCCAUAGCUUAAUUGUAGCAAACACUCGUCUCUAUAUAACUUCACUAUUUUUCGCAGCUCCAUUUGGGCGAUGGGCGUAUUACACUGCCGCCAUCAUCAUUUCCAACACACACCCUCCUGCUUCUCUUUUGCUACCAUAGCCACAUUAACUUUCCUUUUGCUUACCUCUGUUGUUUCAGCUCUUCGUCUCAACCCCACACGACGACUCAGUGGUGAGCAGCAAGAGGUGAUUGAGCGAGUUUUGAUUCAGAGAAGACUGAGUGGACCGGGUUCAUCUCCACCAACCUGCAGAUCCAAGUGUGGAAGGUGUUCGCCAUGUAAACCGGUUCGAGUCUCAAUUCAACCGGGUUUUAGUUUCACUUUAGAGUACUACCCUGAAGCGUGGAGGUGCAAGUGUGGAAACAAUCUAUUCAUGCCUUAAAAGUAUAUUACUCUUGUUUCUUUCUUUUUAUUUGUAUCUAAUUUUGUCCUUCACGUCUAAUUAAUCACUUACUAUUCUACUU